AAAGAAUAUAUAGGCAGAUAAACUUGAUAUCUAUUGGAGUAUUUUUUUGGGAAUUAGUUUUAUCGAUAUAUUAAUCCGUUUUUGUAGAGCAGCUUCAUCGGCAUCGCGAUACGAAUGGCGAAAACCAAAGCGAGGAAACGAAAACCCUCGAAGAAGUCGGAGGCGGCGCCUACAACUCCUAAAAUCUGCAAAAAAAUCAAGAAGCAGAAGAAAUCCAAGCUCCCUAAAUCAGAACCCCACGAUUCAGACUCAGAUUCCGAUCCCAAUACCAAAAUCCAAACCCUACUAGAACCUUUGUCCAAGGACCAGCUCAUUGCUCUCGUAAUAGACCUCUCCUCUUCCAACGACCAACUCCGCUCCCUCGUCAAAUCCGCCGCCGACCAAGACAUCGGCCACCGCAAAAUAUUCGUGCACGGCCUCGGUUGGGACGCCUCGCGCGAAUUACUUGAGCCCGUUUUUAGGGCUUACGGCGAGAUUGAGGAGCUCAAUGUGGUGAGUGAUCGGGCUACCGGAAAAUGUAAGGGUUACGGUUUCAUUACGUUUAAAUCGAUGAAAUCUGCGAAAAAAUUGUUGAAAACCCCUACGAUUCAAGUGGGAAACCGUGUAACCUCGUGCCAAUUGGCGUCGGAGGGCCCGCCUGGCCCUGCCACGGCCGGGAUAGUUUCGAAGAAGCAAUUUUCUGCGUCGGAUUACCCGCAGCGGAAGAUUUAUGUGAGUAACGUGCCGCUGAAUGCGAGCCCGGAGAAAUUGCGGGUUUUCUUCGAAAAAUUUGGAGAAAUUGAGAACGGGCCCAAGGGAAUGGAUCCGACGACGGGGAGAUUUAAAGGGUAUGCUAUUUUCGUAUUCAAGACUUUGGAAGGGGCUAAGAAGGUGUUGGAGGAGCCGGUUAAGUUUUUUGAAGGGUGUCAGCUGCAUUGCCGGAAGGCAGCUGAGGGGAAGGGUCAGGUGGCCAGCGGGGCAGCGUCUAUAACGACUGCUUUGCAGCCGGUGCAGCCGCAGAUGCUGGCUGCGGUGGCGGCAGCUCAGCAGGCGCAGAAUAUGGCUUUGCUGGGGCAGCAGGCAGGGCUUGUGAAUCCUUUGUAUGGUGGUGGUUUGAUUACUAACGCAAACCUGGGUGCGCUUAUGGGUGGGUAUUAUGGGAUGAUGGGGGGAGGGGUGCAGGGCUUGGGAUUAGGCGCCUAUGGUGGUGUUUCUGGUGGUGGCAAUAAUGGGUCGAGUGGAGCGAUGCUUCAGGGAUUGCAGUAUGCAUACCCAAGUGUACGGACUGGGCAAUCUUCUUCAUCCUUGGCUAAGGCUCCAGGGGCUGGUGGAAUCAAUUACUCCCAAACUCAUUGAUUUGUAGCAACAUAGAUGGACAACCAGAAGUUGGUAAAUUCCUAGUAUUGUUAUGUUGGGGCAGGGUUUGGCUCAUGGAAUAUGCUUUAAAGUCUUGUGUUUUGACUUUCAAAUUUCUCCUAGUUUCAUUUCUCUCUUCUUUUUUACCAUUUAAUGAACCUUCUGGAGAAUGUGGUGUGCAGCAUUCCAGCAUUCCAUCUGACAGUUUUAUUUCUUCUGGAUUUCUUUACUAUAUGCAUUCAACUUUAAGUUUGUUCUCUCA